AUGCAAGGGUCUAAGUGCAAACCGCAACCAAAAGUUCAGUGGUUUGAUGUUACGGGAACGCCAAUCACCGAUGAAAUAACACAUUACACGGUUUCAACCGUCGGAAACCAAACAACACUUAUCAUUCAUGAUAUACAGGUUCAAGAUCGCGGAAAUUACGUCCUCAAAGUUUCCAAUGAAGUUGGCGAAGAUAUAUGCGAAAUUCCAAUUCAAGUGGCAGACCGUCCGAUUCCACCAGGUAGGCCAAUCGUGCAAGAUCAAAAUGUUGAUUCAGUGCGCCUUCUCUGGGCUACCACAGUACAAGACGGUGGCAAUGCUGUCAGAAACUACACUGUCGAAAUGAAAAAGGAAAGCGCUGAUGAGUGGUCUAAAGCGGAAACUACGAAGCAACCAUUCACAACACUGUUUAAUCUGGUCCCUGGAGAGACCUAUCGUUUCCGUGUUCGAGCUAAUAACAUAUUUGGCUCAAGCGAACCGUCUGAAGAAUCAGAAUCUGUUUACAUUCGUGACAUGACCAGAAUUGUGACCGAACCGCCGCCUAAAGAACCGUUUGAAGAUGAAACCAGCGCAGCACCAGUCGACUACGACCGCCUUGCUACAGAAACUGAGCCUAUUGCAUACCGGACAAUAGAUGUUAAUAGGUUACCAAACGAUCUUCAAUCAAAGUACAUCAUAAUGGAAGAACUGGGGCGUGGUGCCUACGGAACGGUAUAUAGGGCAGUUGAAAGAGCUACAGGGAAAUCCUGGGCUGCUAAAGUGGUUCAAGUUCGGCCUGGGGUCAAGAAAGAGGCUGUUUUUCACGAAAUUCAUAUGAUGAACCAACUACACCAUGAAAAACUUUUGAAUUUGCAUGAAGCUUUCGAUCUUGGCAAUGAGAUGGUUCUAAUAGAAGAACUUGUUUCUGGAGGAGAGUUAUAUGACAAGAUAAUCGAGAACGAUCAAUUGAUGGCAGAAGAAGAAGUUCGAGACUAUAUCCACCAAAUUUUACUUGGUGUCCAGUAUAUGCAUAAGAACAAUAUUGUUCAUCUAGAUUUAAAGCCUGAAAAUAUUUUGCUAAAGUCGGCCAACAGUAGCGACAUCAAAAUCAUCGAUUUCGGAUUAGCUAGAAAACUAGACCCCAAUAAAACUGUUAAAUUACUUUUUGGUACGCCAGAAUUUUGUGCACCUGAAGUUGUCAAUUUCCAACCUGUUGGACUAAGUACAGACAUGUGGACCAUUGGUGUUAUCACUUAUGUUUUGCUCUCUGGACUUUCGCCAUUUUUGGGUAACAAUGACGAGGAAACGUUGGCCAACGUUUCGGCUGCUGACUGGGACUUUGAUGAUUCGUCUUGGGAUGAUGUUUCACCACUUGCCAAAGACUUUAUCUGUCACUUGAUGGUCAAAGAUAAAGCCAAACGGAUGACAGUUGGCGAAGCUUUAAAACAUCCUUGGAUUACUGGGCCACUCUUGUCUGCCUUUAACGACUUGUCCGAAUUUGUGAAGCAAUCCCAGAAACCAGUGGAACGUGGACGUCUUCCGCUUAGGCAAAAACAUGACUUCUUGUCCAAGAAACGCUGGAGUGAUGAUUUGCUACCUAUGGGAAGGUUGGCUAAACGUGGCGCUAUCUUCAGAAGGCUUUCUAUGGAUGGAGUCUUUGAGAGGGAGAUAACAUUUGAAGUCGAAUAUGCUCCGAAAGUUCGGAAACAACUUGAGAACAUAGUGGCGAAAGUUGGAGACUUGAUAGCUACUCUCACAUGUGAUGUUGAUGGAGUACCGACACCAAAAAUUACUUGGUUCAAAGAUAAUGAAAAGGUGCCUAUCCGUGCAGAAAAAUACGUGACGAAGUACAGUAACGGUAUUGCUGAAUUGUCUAUAAGAAAUAUUAUUGAGAAAGAUGCUGGAGUUUACAAAAUUUGCGCAACUAAUGAAAUUGGUUCAAUCGAGAAUGAAGCAACAGUGGUGGUUGAGAAAGCUAAAAAGAAAAAGGAGAAAGCCGAGACUAAGGAAGAAACAAGUAGGCCAGAACAAAUUUCUCCAAGUUUCAUACAUAGGCUAUCAGACAGAACUGUGAAACUUGGCAGUCCAGCAAUUCUAACUGUUAGAAGUAAUUCGCUACCUGAACCUGAAGUUGAGUGGUUCAGAAAUGGAGAACCUGUUGAUUUGAACGCUCCAAAAUAUGCAUUUAAGCAUGAUAAAGAUCGUUACGAGCUUGAAAUUCUUUCCUGCGGGGAUGAAGACAACGGUCAAUGGAAGGCUGUUGGUAAAAAUGAAUUUGGAGUUUGCGAAAGUUCCUGUAAACUUACCGUCGAAAUUCCAAUGGAUCUCAAAGCUCCUGAAUUUACCGCAACCUUAGGCAUAUUUAAGAUUCCGCUAAAAGAUAUUAAAUGCAUGGAAAUGGAGGUGCUGAAAUUAGAAACUUGUGUCUCAGCCAACCCGACACCUGAAAUAACAUGGUAUCGCAACAACGAAGAGCUUCCUCAUGGCAGUCGCUACACAAUGCUCUUUGAUGAUAAGGAACAAGUUUAUUCUUUGCUUAUUAUGGAUGCUUACGCAGAAGACAGUGGAAAAUAUCAAUGUAUUGCCAGAAAUUCUGUUGGCAGUGCUGAGACUGUAUGUAAUAUCACAAUUCAAGAACCACAGCUACCACCGAAAGAUGCAUUUGAUGAUAAAAUACCACCUCAGUUCAAAAUGCUACUUCCAAAUAGAACUGUUCCAGAAGGCUUUGAACUUACUCUGGUUUGCGCAGUUACAGGUUCGCCAAAUCCAUCGAUCAAAUGGCUGAAAAAUGACGCUGAAAUCAGUGCUGACGCAUGUGAAACAAAGUAUGAAAACGGUGUUUGUACGCUUACAAUACCGUCAACAAAACUGGCUGAUUUCGGAACUUACACUUGUACAGCAACUAACCCUUAUGGUACCGCAAAUUCAACUUGCACCGUCCAAAUACAAGCUUGCGAAACCGUUGACUUAAAACCAAAAUUCAAACAGCAGCUCAUGGAUGUAUCUGCUAUCGAAGGCUCUGAAAUUGUUUUGGAGUGUGUGGUAUAUGGAAAACCAACUCCAACAAUUACUUGGUACAAGGAUGGGCUUAAACUUUUCCUGGAGAACAGGAUGUUACAGUAUACUGACAGAAAAGGUGUUUCAAGGUUGAAUAUUAUGAAUGUUGUGAAGGACGACAGUGGAGAGUACUCGUGUGAAGCGGUUAACAAAUUAGGGAAAGAUUUCACUCAUUGUACCGUUAAGAUAGUCGAAACUGGUCAAAAUCGAGUUAGAUUAGUGACUCCAGAACCGUCAUCGCGAAGCUCUUCACCGUCGAUGAAAGAAGUGGAAGAGUUGAGGGCGCCUGUCAUUACUCGCCCUUUGAAUGAUGCGACCGUUUAUGAAGGUAAUCGUGAGUUAUUCGAGGUAGAAGUAAGUGCUAAUCCGAAGCCCUACGUUGAAUGGUAUCAUGAUGGUAAAUUGGUUGCUGAAAAUCGAACUCUGCGGACAUACUUCGAUGGCCGCAUAGCCUUCCUGAAACUUUAUGAAGUCCAAGAAGAACAUCAAGGACAGUAUCUCUGCAAAGUGACGAACAAACUUGGUGCUGCUGAAACCAGAUGUACCCUCGUCGUCUCGCCUCGUCCUGGAAUUGACGAUCAGAUUCCAAAUAUGCCGAAAUUUGUGCAGAAGUUGCAGGAUGUGGUUGUUAAAAAGGAAGAUGAAACGGUUACACUGUCUUGCCAAGUACACGGGACACCGAAGCCGGAUGUCCAGUGGCUGUUCAACGGUAGAGCAAUUCAUAACGACUCCAAUAUUCGUAUUCGGGCGUUCGACGACAACGUCUGCACGCUUCAGAUUUCUCGCGUUGGAACUGAUUGCUGCGGUGUUUACACUGCUGUUGCAAAUAAUGUCUAUGGUAGUGCUCAUUCCAGUGCUGAAGUUUCAUUUGCACAACAGGAAGAAACACCAGAAGUUUCAAAACCAAACUUUGUUGUCGAACCACCUCCAAAAUUAGUUGUUGAAGAAGGUCAAACGCUUUGUAUCACAUGUGACAUAGCUGGCAGACCAGAGCCUGAAGUGGCAUGGUUGAGGAAAAAUGAAGCGAUCAAGAAUAAGAAAGUGAUAAUUAAAAAGAGCGGUUUGACCCACCAGUUGAUAAUUGGAGCAGUCAGAAUUGAAGAUGAGGGAAAAUAUAUCGUAAUAGCGAAAAAUGAACGUGGUGAAGUUCAGAAGACAACUGACGUUAGGGUGAAUGUGAAAAGUACAAGGGAAGAGGUCAAGACAGCUGCUAAGAGGGACCGCUUACCAAAUGCGCCAGGUGGGACCUUAACAGCUAAGAAUGUUGGAACAAACAGUCUAGCUCUGGAAUGGGAGGCAGUUUCGGAAGAUGGUGGCAGUCAGAUCGAGGGAUAUACAGUUGAACAACGAAGUCCUGAUGAACAGUCCUGGGUGGAGGUUGCUUCAUGCACCGAAACAACAUGUGAUAUUCGUGAUUUGCUGCCAAAUACCGAAUACUACUACAGAGUUGCAGCAAAGAACAAGGUUGGCUUGGGAGAGUACUUGACAAUGCAGUCUCCUGUAAAAACUCUUUCUGAAGGAUUAAAACCCAGUUUUGAAGAAAAUUUGCCAGCGUCGCUAGUAAUAUCCGAGAGUGAAAUACUGGAAAUUAAAGCAUCCUAUGGCGGCAAGCCAAAGCCAAGCGUUAAAUGGUAUCGUAAUGGUAUAGAAAUCAAUAAAGACAACAAGAGAGUUAGUAUUGUUUCAAAAGAUGGAGUCUCUACGCUGGUGAUCAGAAACACUAAGGCUGGACUUGACGAUGGUCUUUAUUCAUGCCACAUUAAAAAUGAAGAUGGUUAUGCAAUUGAAGAAACAGCAGUCACGGUGAUUUCUACAGAGAUUUCUGAGCAGGUGGUAGUCGAUGAAACCGAGGCUGUAAGUGGAAUUCCGCAAAUUGUAAAACCGUUGUCAAACGUUACUGUUGCAAGUAAACAGCAGUUUGUGUUAACUUGUAAAAUUUCCGGAGCUACAAAAUGCCAAGCAACGUGGUACAGAAAUGAAGCCACAAUUCUGGAAUCUGGAAGGUUCCAGCUAGACUCUGCAGAAAGUGGAACCUAUAAAUUGAUAUGUCACAGUGCACAACCAGAUGAUACGGCAAUCUACUCCUGUUUGAUCACAAACUCUGUCGGUGUUGCGAAGUCGUCUUGCGAGGUAACCGUUGUGGACCGUGGAGCACAGAAAGCUCCGGUAUUUGAAAAAACACUUACUGAUAGUACGGUAAUCGCAGGUACCAGCGUCACCUUAAAAUGUCGAGUAACAGGAGAUCCUGAACCACAGGUAGUGUGGAUGAAAGAUGGAAAACGAGUAUCAACCAGCCGUAGAGUAGCAUUGAGGUUCACUGAAGAUGGAUAUUGCUCUUUAGAUAUUUCUAAUGUAACCAGUACGGAUACCGGUAUUUAUCUGUGUUCUGCAAAGAAUGCUAUUGGAGUAGACUGCACUCAAGCGAUGUUGACUGUCGCUAACGAAGCUGGACCUGAUAGGCAUUUGGUUACUGCUGAACCUAAAGAACAGCGAUACAGCAAACCGGAAUUUACCAGAGUUCCAGCAGCGACAAUUGAGAGUAGUGAGGGGACUACUGGAGUAAAAUUAAUUGCUCGCGCAGUCGGUAACCCGGUGCCACUGAUAACGUGGAAGAAAGACGGAAAAGAGAUAACAAAAGGAAAUCGUCUGUAUGAGACACGUUUGGUUGGUAACGGUGAAGUGGUACUGGUUAUUUCAUACGUUACUAUCAAGACUGCUGGCGUUUUUGAAUGUUGCGCAACGAAUUCUGAAGGAACGGUGUCUUCAGAAAGCAAUUUCAUUGUUCAUUCUCGCACUCACAAGCAUCCAACAAAAGAGCCACCAAGGUUUUCCAUCGAAUUGGUUGACAGAGGAGUUGCUCUUGGGCAGCCAGCCUGCUUGAAAUGUGCUGUCCAAGGAGUACCCGAACCACAAGUUCAGUGGUUUUUCGUUGACGAUUCACGGAAGAGUGCUCAAAUAAAAGGCGUGCUUGGUUCUGCAUGGAUGGAGUAUCGUCGUGGCGAAAUUUGCGAGCUAAAAACUGAUGCUGUUGUAAGUACCCAACAGGGAACUUACCAGUGCGUUGCUGUUAAUGAUCAUGGCAGAGCGAUGUCACAGUGCUAUCUUUUGGUCGGAAACCCUUCGGACGAACCGGCAGGUCCGCCUAGAUUUCUUAGAUGUCUGCGAGACAUUUGGUGCCCCCUUGGAAGUGAGGUUGUUUUUGAAGUAGAAGUAGAGGGACACCCACUUCCUGAGCUGUUAUGGUAUCAUUUGGAUGAGAAGGUCGUUGAAGAUAGAAAUACAAAGAUUUCUUACACAUCACCAUCAAGGUGCGAGUUAGUGAUUUCUAAUGUCGGUUUACGGCACCUUGGUAAUUAUUCCGUGCAAGCAUCUAAUGUUCAUGGCAUUCUGGUUACUACCGCAGCACUAAAUGUUAGCACAGAUAACAAACUUGCUGAACCGCCCAUAUUCUUGCAAGAUCUGCAACAGCAACGACUCGCUGUUAUGUAUGACGAAACUGGUGCACUACCAGAACGAGGAUCUAUGGGAUUAAUUCCUGAAACUAUGAAAUCUGAUAGAGAGAAGCGUGCUCAGAGGAAUGAAAUAAAAGUAAGGGGUGCUGCACCACGAUUCGUCAGAGGUCUUGAAGACUUGGAAUUCCAUGAAGGCGAUCUUGCAGCUUUAGCCGGAAAACUGUCAAAAAGUCAGUGGGGUUGCUUUCCUCAGAUUCUUCUGUUCUUUUCAUUUUAA